CCUCCCUCUCUCUUAGUCUGGAGUCUGGAACUUCUUCCUUCUUCCUCAGACAUAGUUGAGAGAGGAGAGAGAAAGACAAGCUUACAAGCACUGCUGACAGUGAGAGUCACCGAGUUCUUCAUUUCAUACAUAACAGAGUUACAGCUUAAAGAAGUUCAGUACCCAUGCCGCCAAUGCCGAAGAAAAAUCGAAAGAUGGCGGCUGAUGCCUGCCGUGCAAUGAAGGAGUUUGGCAUUUCGGAAGUUCGAACGAGGGCGGGGGUUAAGGAACUUCUGAAAUUGUAUGAGAACAACUGGGAGCUUAUUGUGGAGGACAAUCACAGAGUGCUGCUUGAGUUUUUAUUGGAAGGUGACACUGACAAGAACAAGGAAGAGGAAGAGGAAGAGGCAGAGGCAGAGGCAGACGAAGAGAUAGUGGAACAAAAGGGCAAAGGAGUUUCGAUAUGUGAAUCAAAGGCUGUGAAACGUAAGAACAAAGCAGCUCCAUCUCAUGGUAAAACUGAAGAUGUUCAACUUCCAAUCAAGAGAUAUUGCACAAGGCAACAGACAAAACAAGCAUUGUCCCCUUUGAAAUGCGCCACACCUUGCCUCGUAGAAACUCCAUCAAAAAUGGCACAUCAGAAUGAGGAUUCUGAGGAAUCUGAAGACUCUCAACCACUAGUGAGAAGAAGUCGCCGGAGACUCCAAGAAGGAGAGGUUUUGGACAGUGGGAAUAACUUCAGUCCUGUACGUAAUCGCAAUACACAGCUGGAAGAAAGUCUCAAUAUGAUGUGUGAAGAUAGUUUUUCAGAUUUUGAUGACGGUGGCUUGAAGUUCUUGGAAGUGAAAUCAUCCACUGUGGACAGUAGAGGAGCUGUUUUAGAUUUGUCGCUGUUUGAUGUUGAAUCAUCUCCUCCAAAGCGAGAGCUCGAAAUGUCUUUGAUUUGUCACCCUUCUCUACAUUCUGAUUUCGAUUUUCCACAUUCUGAUGAAGCUCUAGAAUUAUUGGAAGAGACAUGCAUGAAAUCAUAUGGGGUCAGAGAAUGCUUAGUGGAGACAGGAUUUGAUUCCACUUUUGAUGAAAGUACAAUUUCCAGAGAUGUAGCAGAGUUAAAGAAUUCUGAUGCACAAGAUGUUCUUGAAUCUCAUUAUCAAGGCAAUGAUUGCAAUACUUUAAGUUCCCCGAGCGAAUUAUUUGUAUUUCAGAAUCUUAUCAAGGUCGUUCCCCAUAUACCCAAGCAUAUAGCUUUUGGCUCUUUUAAUGAUCUUCACCGCUUAAUUGGUUUUUCAAGUACGGAUAUUGAGAGCAUCUGUGGUGAAUCGGCAAAGAGAUUAGUGAUUUUCCAAGGCCAGAAAUCUCCAAAAUUACGCAAGUUGGAGGAGGCUGCUCAUGACUACCAUUCUUCCAUUGGAGUUAUAAAAUCCGGUGUUUAUAUUGAAGACAUAACUAGAGGUGAGGAGAGAGUGAAAAUUUCCUUGGAGGAUGGAAAAAAUGUUGAAGAUCUGCCAAACUUUCUUUACAUCCGUCAGAGUUUAGUUUAUAAGAAUGCCUCUGUGAAAUUUUCACUUGGUCGUAUGUCUCAUGACAGUUGCUAUUCACGUUGUUUUGGGGAUUGUCUGACAUCGCCCAUGCCUUGUGUCUGUGCUUCUGAAACUGGGGGUCAGUUUGCUUACACACCAGGAGGAUUGGUCAAAGAGAAGUUUCUGGAAAAAUGUAUAGCCUUGAAGCGGGAACCUAUACAACACCACUGCUUCUAUUGUAGAGAGUGCCCUCUCGAAAAGUCUAAGUACGAGAAGAGUUCUGUGGCAUGCAAAGGCCAUUUGUUACAUAAAUUUAUUAAGGAGUGCUGGCAUACAUGUGGAUGCAAUAAGAACUGUGGAAACCGGAUUGUUCAGCAAGGCAUCAGCGGGAAGUUGCAGGUAUUUUUGACACCCGAAGGGAAAGGAUGGGGUCUUCGAACACUGGAGGACUUGCCAAGAGGAACUUUUGUUUGUGAGUAUGUUGGAGAGAUAUUAACCAACACAGAACUAAAUGAGCGAAAUGUGCCAAGUACUGGUAAGAAGCAUGCAUACUACACAGUGCCACUAGAUGCGGGCUGGGGUAUGAAGGGUGUCUUGAAAGACGAAGAGGCACUUUGCUUGGACGCUACUGUUUAUGGAAAUGUUGCAAGAUUUAUCAAUCACAGGUGUUCUGAUGCUACCUUGGUUGAGAUUCCUGUUGAAGUGGAGACCCCGGAUCGUCACUAUUAUCAUCUUGCCCUUUUCACAACAAGAAACAUUGCUGCUAUGGAGGAGCUCACUUGGGACUAUGGCAUUGACUUUUGUGAGUGUGAUCAUCCCAUGAAUGCGUUUCAAUGUCUCUGUGGGAGCCCACUCUGCCGUGAUCGUAAGGAGUCCAAGGGUGACGUGCAGCUACGCACUUACGGUCGACGAAGACGAUGCAGAGUGUAGUUUCAAGCACAAUAUGUCAUCUCAUACUAUAAAAUAGUUACCAUGCUUUUUGAUUAAAUUACUAAUUUGGUAAUGAAUUCUGCUGUUGUAAUGGAAAAAUCCCUCAAGCAGAACGUCGUGAACUUUUGCGGACAUGACAA